UUGCUGUGACUUGAAUCUUCUAAUACAAAGUCAGCUUGUUUUUCACUUUGCGUUUCUCUUUAAAUACUUUGCACACCCACACAGAUUCAAUGCACGAAUUGAAUUUACUUCCUACACAUUUAACGGGUGCAACAAAAACGAAAGGUUCAAAAGACUUAAACACUACUACUUAAAAAUAAGUAUAAAACACGGGGGAUUUGCAGCUUCGAGUUUUUUUUUUAAUGCACGCUUGAUAUUUUAGACAUGCAACAUUUAAAAUUGAGUUUUGUAAAAAAAUAAAAAUAAUAAGGCUCGUCUGAAGCAUAGCAAACAUCUUCCUUUGUUAGGAUCUACAGCAAAAGGCUCGAAUUCUUGAGCGGGUUUGGAAGCUUUUAACUGUCAAACGCGUUGGCUGAGAGAAGAUUGAUCGUCGCUAUUAUUCCAACACUUGAAUUCUAAAAAAUAUAAUUUCCUCUGCGUUCGCUUUAAAAGUGGUGAGUUGCGAACAAGAAACUAGAGAAGUGUUUUGCUCCUAUAUUUUGCUGUGUCUUAAAGUAAAAAAAAUAAGAAGAAGAAAAUAAGAAAAAAAAGGAAUGCCGUCAGUUUUGAAAUGCUCCUGCUUAAAUUGCGACCUUUCGGUGAACCUUGCUACUGAUUGUAAAUAAAUCUGUAGCUUUGGAAAGUAAAAUCUAAAAGUUGCCAAUAGACCUUAAGAGUUUGUCCCAAUGUUUUUUUUUUCUUCCAGCAAAUCCUUGCUAAAUCUUUAACAACAAUCGAAUAACAACAAAAUAAUAUAAACGAUAGCAUUUGAAUCCUGAAAAGAUCACUUACACUGAUCAGUUUCAACGCCCUUUUCACCGCAACAAUGGUUUCGAGUCCAACCAAGUGACUAUCUUUGAAACAUUAUGAGCCAGGAGAUAUAUAUUUAUGGGUUUAUCAGUUCAUCUCAACUUUUCUUUGUGUUUGUUGAGACUACGCCUUGAUCAACUGGAGAAAGUUGCUUUUGCUUCCAAUAUCUGCUCGGGUUGUCAAACUUUUAAGAUUAAUGGGCUACAUUCAUUACUGCACAGCUUGCCAGAUAGUAUGUGCUGAUCUCCUAUGCGAGUUGGAACACAGUGACGCUUGGGCAUACAGGUAGUGAAGCGGUUAAGAAGGGCGCUUGGCGUGUGUCAAUCACUGCACCAUCGAUAUUGCAUCUUGAAGUUUAUGUGCGCAAAAAAAAAAAAUCGCGUUUUUUAUUGGAAAUAUGACCCCCUACCAAGAGACACAGAUCCACUCUCCUGUGUUUGGGAUCAAUAGAGAGAAAUAAUGCUUUCUUCUUUCCCACCAGGCCUCUGGAUGUCAUUGGCCGUGCAUGGUCACGUGACCAGGAAUUGGCUACAUUUUGCCCUAGUCUCCAGUUUAAUAGACCUACGUCCCCAUACGCCUGUAAUAUCACCAAUAUACACAAUUAUAAAAAGCCCGUAAAUAAUACCAACAAUUGCGAGGAUCCCCAUAUUCUUUCUUUUUUUUGUAUAUAUACACACACACACACACACACACACACACACACGCACACACACACGCACACACACGCACACACACACGCACACGCACACACACACACAUGCUCAUCUGCGUUUGAACUCGAAGAAGCGAUGAAUUUUGAAUUUGAGAGGGAGAUCGGGUUCAUAAACAGCCAGCCUUCCCUUGCAGAGUGCCUGACAUCCUUUCCCGCUGUCCUGGAGUCAUUUCAAACUUCAUCAAUCAAGACCUCGACAUUAAUUCCUCCUCCUUUUGAACACACCAUUCCCAGCCUAAAUCCGUGCACCAGCAGCCAGCCGCGACCGAGAAGCCCCAAACGGAUUCCUAAUGGCCUCCUUCUCCAGGAACCGGCACAGCAACCCCCGGCUCCCCCGGUUCCCUUUACCCCGGUGGCGGCCGAGUUCCCAUGGAUGAAGGAAAAGAAAUCCUCAAAGAAAAACCAUCACCAGUCCGCUGCCGGUGUGACAGGCACAACCUCCGCCUCUGCCUCGCUAUCUUCUUCUGGCUUUCUCGGCUCUGGGGUCGGUUCUCCUGCGGAGGCCCAUGAGAGCGCGUUGGAUAAUGGGAGCGGUUCCAGGAGACUCCGGACAGCCUACACCAACACCCAGCUCCUGGAACUGGAAAAGGAGUUUCACUUCAAUAAGUACCUUUGCCGGCCUCGCAGGGUAGAGAUAGCCGCCUUGCUCGAUCUAACCGAGAGGCAGGUCAAAGUCUGGUUUCAGAACCGGCGAAUGAAGCACAAAAGGCAGGCGCACCACAAGGACGGCCAAGAAGGGGACCCGGGUUCCAUCGAGGCCCUGGAAGAAGGGGAGGACGGAUCCCCGUUUGCCGGCCAGCCCCUGGAAGCGUCGGGGCCAGCGGCUUUAGAAAAGGAAACGACGUGCGGUUUGGCUGCUUGUAUUACGACUAACACUAAUAAUAAUAAUUGUAUCAAGGAGCCUGCCGCUAAAGAGCCUCUGCAGACCCCGCAGGAGCAUGCUGCUGCCCCCCACAAAAGGGUUAGGAUUUCAUUGCACGACUCGCCCACACCACAUAGCUUUACAACAAUGGGCCAGGGUUGCGCAUCUCGCCCCCCGGAUAACUCGUUUUCUGAGACCCAGGACUGUGCUUCGCUCCCUGAUUUGAAUUUAUUUUCUCCUGAUUCUUGCCUACAGAUUUCAGAAGGCUUGUCUCCUAGUUUGCAAAGUUCCCUCGACAGCCCUGUGGAUUUUUCUGAAGAGGAUUUUGACUUUUUUUCAAGCAGCCUUUGUACAAUAGACCUACACUUUUAGAAACAAAACAACAGAAAUACCUUUUUUUGCACCACCCCAAGCCUUUCCUCUUAUGUAAAUAAUACACAGGUACUGAUUUAAUUUAGAAAUUAAUCGUAAUCAUAAAUGUGGGGUUGAUACUGGAAUGUAUAGAACGCUUUCUGUUUAAUUUCACUGGAUUCCUUUGUUCAAAAUCAGGUAUUUGAUUUUUUUUUUUUAAAAUAUUAAUUCAUUCGCGAUUUUAUUUAUUUAAAUCAAUGUUAAAACUAUGAAUACAUGUUCACCUGUAAGCGUUGUGGCUGCUUGAAUCUUAAAAAAGAAACACAAAAUACUCAGGAAAUAUAUAAUUGAUUUUUUUAGACCAGCUUCUUCAUUUCUUUGUUUUUUUUUUCUUUUUAAAUUCUAGAAGUAGAUUAUUUAUUGAGAGCCUUUAAUAGUAAAUUGCAAAUUAUUUAUUGUACAUUAUUUUCAUAGGUAAUAAUAAUAAUAAUAAAAACUUUAUAAGCU